CUUCUCCUCCGUCGAAGUUUUGAAUUCUCUCUGGUUCUCUUAUUCUCCUCUCGAGCUGCCUUAAGCUUCGCAUUUACGUUUAGCACGAAUGAGAUCAUCGUAGAUCGUGAUUGAAGAAGCGAGAGAUAAAUUAGGAGAGCGAAGAUGAGCGAGGGCCAGAAGUUCCAGUUGGGAACAAUCGGCGCUUUGAGUUUGUCCGUUGUGUCGUCUGUCUCCAUCGUGAUCUGUAACAAAGCACUUAUUAGCACCCUUGGCUUCACAUUCGCGACUACUUUGACAAGUUGGCAUCUUUUGGUCACAUUUUGUUCCCUUCAUGUGGCAUUAUGGAUGAAGAUGUUCGAACACAAGCCUUUUGAUCCACGAGCUGUGAUGGGAUUUGGCAUAUUGAAUGGGAUAUCCAUAGGACUAUUGAACCUCAGCCUGGGCUUUAAUUCUGUCGGUUUUUACCAGAUGACAAAACUAGCAAUCAUCCCCUGCACUGUUCUCUUGGAGACCCUCUUCUUCAGGAAAAAGUUCAGUCGAAAAAUCCAGUUUUCAUUAACCAUCCUUCUCCUUGGUGUUGGAAUUGCAACCGUCACAGAUCUUCAACUUAAUAUGCUGGGUUCAGUCUUGUCGCUGCUGGCUGUUGUCACAACUUGUGUUGCUCAAAUUAUGACAAAUACCAUCCAGAAGAAGUUCAAAGUUUCAUCCACGCAACUUCUGUAUCAGUCUUGCCCGUAUCAAGCAAUCACUCUUUUCGUCACUGGGCCAUUUUUAGAUGGGCUCCUAACCAAUCAGAACGUGUUUGCUUUCAAGUACACUUCUCAAGUAGUGUUCUUCAUCGUCCUGUCCUGCCUCAUAUCAGUCUCUGUAAACUUCAGCACAUUUCUUGUCAUUGGAAAAACAUCUCCUGUCACAUAUCAGGUUCUGGGACAUCUCAAAACAUGCCUGGUUCUAGCAUUUGGCUAUGUGUUGCUGCGUGACCCAUUCGACUGGCGCAACAUUCUCGGUAUUUUGGUGGCUGUGAUUGGAAUGGUUGUUUAUUCCUAUUACUGCUCGAUUGAGACUCAGCAGAAGGCAAGCGAAACCUCAACUCAGUUGCCUCAGAUGAAAGAGAGCGAGAACGAUCCGCUAAUAGCAGCUGAAAAUGGAAGCGGAGUGUUAUCAGAUGGUGGAGGGGGAGUGCAGCAAAAGACGGUGGCUCCUGUAUGGAACUCAAAUAAAGAUUUUCAAGCCUAAAGCUUUGAUCAUCGCUAUUUUUUU